CUCUAACAUAGCAUACACUACACACUUACUCGAUCAGAAAUUCAACUAGUGUAAUUCUUUAGAGAAAGGACAUGCUGUGAGACAACACGGUAGGGAGUCUGUGUGGCGGCCAUCAGCUCUACAAUGUCAAACAUUUAUACAAUAAGGUAGGCUGUGCAUGCUCUACUACUCUACUCAUUCUGUUGUUGAUUUAUGUGAAUGUUGCUUUACUUGGCUCAAGUUGCUGCAUUGAUUGUACAUCAUCAGCCAGUUCAGUAUGUAGGAUAAUGAUCCAACAUAAAGUAUUAUUUGAAAUGUAUCAAAACCAUUCUAAAAGCUUGACUUAUUCCAGGCCUGAUUUAGCAACAGGUGUCCUUUUAACUGUAUCUGCUCACAAUCACAUGUGUUCCUAUGUUUCUCUAGAGCUAUUCUCUGUGGUCAGUGGUCAUCCAGUGAAAGACUAGAUGGCAAAACAGUUAUCAUUACUGGAGCCAAUGCUGGCAUUGGCAAAGAGACAGCACUGGACCUGGCAAAGAGAGGUAGGCUACAUUUCUUAUUCAGUUAUCAGUUAUUUUGUACACUGUAAGUACACUUGCACCACCAUGUUAUUAUACAGUACAUGUACUACCAUGUUGUGGUCAAAGGAUGGGUAGAAUGAUGCAUGUUUGUUGACAUAUACUGUACAUACUUGACAUAUACUCUGACAUUUUUCUAUAAUCAUCAGGGGGCAGGAUAAUCUUGGCCUGCAGAGACUUGGACAGAGCUGAGGCGGCACAGAGAGAGAUCAUUGAGAACUCUGGAAACCUCAACAUUGUGACCAGAAAGAUGGAUUUGUCCGACACAAAGUCCAUUAGAGAAUUUGCAGAGUUAAUCAACAGGGGUUAGUAGAGACUUGUCACUCGUCCCAUCUCUUUAUAAUCUCAAAAUGUGAGGUCUUUGUCUAAUGUAGGAAUACGAUAUAGAAUAGAAUACAAAACACAAUCAGUCUUAACUUCAGUGAUUACUUUUUUUAUUUGGAAAUAUUCUUUCAGAGGAGAAACAAGUGAACAUUCUUAUCAACAAUGCUGGGAUCAUGAUGUGUCCAUACUCUAAGACCGCAGAUGGCUUUGAGAUGCAGUUUGGAGUGAACCAUUUGGGUGAGACAGAGCAACUUAACACAAAUAAAGAGAUACAAAAAGGCUAUAGGGUGAAAUGAUAUAUUAUCUUGACCUAUGAAAAUACUAGGCAGUAAUAAAAAAGUAAUCUACUGUAGAGUAACAUGUUAGAAUAUCAUGUCUUUCAGGUCACUUUCUGCUCACCUUCCUGCUGAUUGAUCUGAUAAAGAGAUCCAGACCAGCCAGAAUCAUCAACCUGUCCUCCAUGGCUCACAAAUGGGGUAGGAUCCAGCUAGAGGACAUCAACAGUGAGAGGAGCUACCACUCCAGAAGAGCAUAUGGACAGAGCAAAUUAGCCAACAUCCUGAGUACACGGUCCCUGGCCAAGAGACUAAAGGGUUUGUGUUACAAUUAUUUUUCUCCCAUAUUGGUGUUGACAUUAUCAGUGGGCCUGGGCAAGCAAAACGAACUGCAUUGAGAACACUGCGGUUUAUGAUAGAAGCUUUGCAUCAUUGGCUAGCUUUGCAUCAUAGAAGUUUUGCAUCAUUGGCUAGCUUAAAGAUAAUACUUUUCUUAGAAUGCCUUAUCUUGUUCACUAAUAAACUUUCUAGCACUGCUGUUUUUUUCAAACAUGCAAGAAUUGCCUUUUUAUGAGAUUGUCGAGCCAUUCCCCUAAAUCUUGUUAUUUUGUGCUUAUUCAGUAAGAUAAAAGGUAAUAUGUGAUGCCUGCACUAUUUAGAAGAGGUUUGAUUCUCUACAUCCAUUUUUCCUUUGUUAGACACUGGAGUGACAGUUUAUGCAGUCCACCCAGGAAUAGUGAGGACUGAGCUGAAGAGACACAUGAAUUUAGCCCUGCUGAUAUCCUGGAAAAUUGUCAGACCUUUCACCAAAACGAUUGUACAAGGUGCCCAGACCUCGAUAUACUGUGCUGUGGAGCCAGAGCUGGAGACAGAGAGCGGUGGAUAUUACAGGUGAAUUCACACAAUGAAAUGCAUUGGUUUUUAGACCACAGUGACAUUUUAGAUAAAUCAUAGGUUCACAUAAGAUAUUUAGUAUAUGAUACACAUAUUAUUUGUUACUGAAUUGUAUUUGCAUUGUUCACAGUGACUGUAAACCCUCCAGCUGUACCAGGGCUGCCAGGGAUGACGAGGUGGCUCAGAAACUAUGGGAACUCAGCUGCCAAAUGCUUGGGAUAACAUGGGACUGAACAUCAUCCUUGAAUAUCAUCAUAGAUAGGCUAGAAUACACAGUGCUUGACUUGGAAUGAAAUCGGUCCAUUAGACUAUGUUCACAGAAAUGCCCAAAUGGCAUUAGCCUAUGCUAUUGAGACCUGAUUAUUCAGUGUUAAGGGUUCAUACACAGUUUGACAGAUAGAAUUUCAUGACUUUUCCAUGACAUUUAACCACAUUUCCAUGACCAAUAAUUGGUGG